CUUUGAAACUCGUACCCCAUAUAGAUCCCAAACAUAUUUAAUAUAAACACUAACAUCCAAUGUGGGCUCCUCUGCUCGCUUUCGUUAUCCUUGGGCUAAACUAUGCAGCAUCCUCGUUCGUGAACUGGGAUAAUGUAUUUUACGAGCAGCAGGCGACGUAUCUGCGUCCUGGUGAGCCCCACAUCCAGGAAGGACAGACGCUGCUUAACAUGCUGUACGUGAACAACCAGGUCCAGGUCUACUGCCAGCCGCCAACAGCGUUCUCCAUGUGGAAUGUCUUCCAGAGCAACCGCCUGCGCCUGCAGAUAGCCGCUGGCGAAGAUUACACUCAGUAUAAAGGAGCCACCGUGCGGGAAGUUCAUCAUGCGCAUAGCCAGCUGGAUGAGUGCCACGAAGGAAAGCCCUUGGGGCAUUCCGCAGCAGACGAGCCACGGAUCGUUCCGAUGGCCACGUAUGAGCACUCCUGUUACGGCAUCUACACAUCCAAACCGUUCGUCCUCACGCUUGAAGUGAUCAGUUUCGACCUUGAGCGGGUAAGCCAGUUCACCUUUGGCAUCGUUUUAUGGUUAAGCUGUCCGCUCCUGGCGGAUUCGCUGCUUUUCUUCUACUGCUCAGCUGCGGCCCUGGGCGCCCACCUGGCGGGUUUGUUGGCGGUCGCAGCCACCCUAAUGGCAUCUGAUGGCGAGCGGUACCUGCGACUCGGAACGCUCAAGGUGAACUUCAAGCUGGUGCUAAACGAGCGGCCCACCGUGAUAACCUUGGCGCUGGUCAGUGGCGCCUGGUUGCUGAAGUCCGCCUCCCAGCGCUGCAGCUUUUUGUGGCGGUGCACUCUGUUUCGCCGCCUGCAUCACCGCUUGCUGAAGGGCACCUCCUACUUGCUGAUUCUCACUGCAUCCGAUCACAGGGGCUUUGGGAUGACCUGCCUUAUGCUGUUGAUGCCCUGGCCGGAACUUUUGACUGUAAUACGCUGGCUCAAAACCCUAUACGCUUGCUACAAAAGGGGCUCCGUUAAACCAAUGGUCCAGGUGGAAAUCGAGAAUCAGGACGUCCCUUAUCAAGACUCAUAUCUUCGGAUCGUGCGAUCCGAAUACGAUAAUCGUUCAUCCGAAAGCAGUGGUUUUAGCAGGAGUUUUAGCCAAAACAAACAUAACAUGGGCUUUUAUCGCGAGCAGGAGGAUCAGGAUAAUGCCUUAAUCUAUGAAUCUAGACGACCUACCGAGCGGAACUGCUUCAACAGAUGUCACCAGUGUACCCCGACUAGAUCACCCCGUCCAGAACCCCAUUUGACCUCCUUAUAUCGCAAUCUUCACUAUUCAAACGCGAAAAGCAGCUCCACAUUUAUGAGAUAAAAUAACCGACAACCUACACGAAAUCGGGCCAGGACUCGAUCCACUUCAAUCGAAUAGAUUGCGAAAAUUUUCCAUUUGCCACGAUAAGUUGCCUUAUGAAAGAGGUUGUCGAUGGGUGGGGAAAUCUAUAGGCAAACUCAUAAACCCAAACCCAUAGAUGGCAAUCAUUAAUCACCAAAGGACUGAGAUAACAGAUUCGAUAUGUUUUUAUGCUUUAUAAACAAUUAAAUCCAUGUGUAUAUAAAUAUUCUUUAAUCGUUUAAUCACCCAAUAUAGGAAUCAAGAAUAAUAGUGGUGAAUAACGGCUGAACUCAAGUUAAAACCUCCUAAGCAGACGUCCAUGGAGCUGCAUCCGUGCCGCUUUUAACUUAAUUGUCCUGAUUAGCAUGCGUCCGUGCCUGUUAUCCUCGUUGAAAUUUUUGUGCUUUUGACAUUCGUUGGCGCAUGGAGUUACAAAAUAAGAGACUGGCCUCCAUGCGCUGUGAGGCGAAGGGGUGUUCGGGUGUUGGGGUGUGGGGGGCACAAAUGUGCCUAUUACCUCCCAUCCUGCCCAGCAGUUUACCAAUAGGCACAGGAGCGGAGGAGCAGGCUGCUGAUACUGAUGCUGAUGCAGCUGCAGCACUGGAACAACAACAAAGUUCGGUCAAACGUCAGAAAUGUUCGUUCGCUUUGGCUAUUGAACGCAGUCCAAAGCGCAAUGAAUCCACCCACUGCCCACUGUUCACUAGCCCACCACGCAGUGCCCACCCCAUGCAGGGACCAAGGACCUACUCCUCGGCCCGGGCAUCGGCAAAUGCAAAUGCAAAUGGGUAAAAAGCGCUUUGACGACCAUGUGGAUGGAGGCGGUUGGGCUGUUGCUGGACGCAGUGAUGAGUGGGCGGUGGGGUAUGGUGGACAGUUGGCCGGGGCAGGCGCAAAACGCAUUUCAAAUCGAAAAGUGGUACUUCACUCAUUUGGCGCGGGGAAACGGCGGCAGGUGACUAACCAGAGGAUUCGUUUCUCCACAUCGGAAUGAAUACAGGGUAUCACGAAGAAGAGCAGGCAUGGC